AGUACAACGCAACACGUUCUGGCUUGAACAACUCACGAAGCUUGGUCAGUCGUUUUGCGUUUUCCGUUGUGUUUAGUUGUGUUUGCAUGUGCCUCCAAAACUUGCGCACUCUUGAAGAAUUAUGCGGACUAUUCUAGAGGAACAAUUGUGCCUUCGUUGAUACCCAAGUGCAAUCAUCCUGCAAAGUGCCUCAAUUUCACAAUAUGCUUUAUUGUCGUGUGACAGUGCCAUUGAUUGAGUGCUCAACAUUAAAUUUUAUCAAUUAAAAAAUACUUUUCUGCCCAUUUGCUAGGUAAAGUGAUUCACUGACAGCUAAUAUUACAAUUAAUCGAUCCAUUUAUGAAUUAAUUAUCGAUUGAGUUUAGGUGAAUUGUGAGAAGCAAAACGUGUCGGUUAGGAAAAAAAAAUCAAUGAGUGUCUCGUGCUAAAAAAGACAGUGGCUUCAUUUGGAGGUUGUGAAUCCAUAUCUUUGGAUUAAAAAUGUCACAGUGCAGAGAAUCUGUCGAUAUUAUCUUUGAAGAUCUUAAAUAUUCAGUUUCUAUCCCCAGACAGAAAGAUAAGAAGGAGAUCUUGAAGAAAGUUACGGGGAAAUUCAAUUCUGGUGAACUUACGGCCAUCUUAGGGCCAUCUGGAGCUGGAAAAUCCAGCCUCCUCAAUGUCCUCACAGGAUUUAUGAAAAAGGGUGUUGAGGGUCAUGUGAUGUUUUUGGAUGGGAAGAAUCCUGUCAAACUUAAGGGCAGUCGCAGCUAUAUCCUCCAGGAUGACAAUCUCUUUCCCUGGUACACCGUUAAUGAGACCAUGAUGCUCGCGUGUCAACUUAAAGUAGCCAAUACAAGCCAACAAUCGCGACAGAAAAUGAUAGACAAUAUCCUCAAUACGCUUCACCUAAUCCACACAAAAAACACAAGAUGCAAAAAUCUAUCCGGUGGACAAAAAAAGAGGCUAUCAAUUGCUUUAGAACUCAUUGACAAUCCGUCUGUGUUAUUUCUGGAUGAGCCAACAACGGGCUUGGAUAGCUCAUCAUCGGCACAGUGUGUAAGGCUGUUGCAGAAUUUGGCGCGUGAGGGACGAACAAUUGUAUGCACAAUUCACCAGCCAUCAGCCACUAUUUACAACACCUUUGACCAUGUCUAUAUUAUGGCUGAGGGUCAGUGUGUGUACCAGGGCAGUGCCGACAAUACCGUGGCUUAUCUCAGUUCACUUGGUCUAUAUUGUCCUCAGUACCACAGCCCUGCUGAUUACAUUAUUGAAGUUGCGAACGGCGACUACGGCAACUUUACGUAUACGUUAGCUAAUGCGGCCUUGGACAAUCGAUGGCGUUCAUCACAAAUGUGUAUUAUGGAUAGGGCUAUAUCGAUUAAGACAAAUCGAUCUAGCUUUAUCAGUGACAGCAGUAACAGCAGUUCAGAAAAUGCCCCAUCUACUACUUGCAUCACCAGCAGCAGAUACAUUGAAACUCCUUCGGAAUGGAGUCGUCUAAGGACUUUGAUGCAGCGCUGCAAGUUGCAGUGCUUCAGAGAUUGGACGGUGACUCAUUUGAAAGUUCUGUGCCAUGUACUAUGUGCAAUUCUCAUUGGUUUGAUCUAUGGUGAUUCUGGCCUGAAUGCCACAAAGUCAAUCAACAAUGUGGGCUUCUUGAUAAUCGGUGUGGUUUAUCUGUGGUAUACAACAAUGAUGCCGGGUGUCCUGAGAUUUCCAUCGGAAAUUGCCAUUCUCAAGAAGGAAACUUUCAACGGUUGGUACAAGCUGCGAACCUACUAUUUAGCCACAAUUGCAGUAAUGGCACCAAUUCAUAUAAUGUUUGCCAUUCUGUAUUCUGUGAUAGCUUUUCUUAUUACUCAGCAGCCUCUUGAAACGAUAAGAUUGUUUAAAUUUGUGCUUAUUUAUGCCAUUACUACAAUAACAGCAGAUGGCUUUGGCAUCUUCCUGGGCACAGUGGUUAAUCCUGUGAAUGGAACAUUCUUUGGAGCUGUUGGCACAUGCUUCUUGCUGGUAUUCUCAGGAUUUUUGGUUCUUUUUAAUCACAUGCCCGAAGUGAUGAGAAUUCUAUCGUAUUUCUCAUUCAAACGUUAUUCUCUGGAAGGUCUUGUCUUGACCAUUUAUGACAAUAAUCGAUCGAGCUUGUGGUGUCCAGACAGCGAAAUGUACUGCCAUUAUCGCAAUCCCAUGUACCUCAUCAAUGAACUUGGCAUGACGCCGAAGAAUUUCAACUUUGACAUCUCAAUGAUGAUCAUUCAGAUGUGCGCCAUCAAGACGCUGACGUACUUUACGCUAAAGCGUCGAAUGACCAACUAGGACCAUUUAUUUCCGUAAACUAUUUAUGAGUAUUUAUAGAAGGGCACAGAAAUUCGAUUUAGGUUUCAUUGAGUGCCCUUUCUAAAUGUGGAAUGUGUGAUUUUUAUUCCUUUUAGAAAUAUUUUAGUAAAAUCUACUCGGUGGAUUAUUGUGAAGAAUUUUUACCUUUUCUGAAGCAUUUUUUUUAAAUAAACAAAGGGUUGUACAAAUUGUAAAAA